AUGACCGCUGCAAUGCUCUCCCCGACAGAGGCCAUUCCGCCCAUCAUGGUCACCAGGGUCACCAAUGCGAUGGAUGAGAACAUGCAACCCACAAUUGAUAUCCCUCCCGCGAUGGAGAAGAAGAAGCGUGGCAGACGAGGCCGAAAGAACGCCGUCGACAUUGUCGGCACAAAGCAGAAGAAAUCGCUACUCCUCGAUGAACUGGGUGAUGCAUUGGUCGACCAGAUGUACACCACUACCACUGCUUCGACCAAACUGGAUGGCCGCUUGGAUAUCUCCAGUACAUCUGUCGUGGACCACCUUCGCAGCAACUUCACCACUUCCCUCAUAGCCUCCUCGUGUGCCAGCUCACACAGCAGCAGCAGUCACACAUUGACCGCGGUGGAAAGCACCAGCACACCCGCAACCAGCUUGGAUGAGCGCGAAUCGCACGAGAUCGCCACAUCAGCCGCAUCAACCGUCGCACCCACCGUGUCGAGCCACCACCGCCCCAGCAUGGAAUCUCUUCGCUCCAGUGUUCCAAGUCAUAGCCAGAGCUUGGGUACAGGUGCAGGUACUGCAGGCGCCGUGUUCUGCUUGGAUGAUUUUUCCACCAUGUCCGCUAUCCAGCGACUAACCGCACAAUACGGCCGCGUCGCCCACAUGGGCAUCCUCGACCACAGCUAUCGAUUCUUCGUCAAUCAAAGCCGCACCGGCGCCAUCUCCUUCAAAGUACGAAACCACGUCGCCAUCGUCGGCGGCGACCCCCUCUGUGAACCACACAUGAUCCCCUCUCUCCUCGCCGAAUUCGCUACCUACCGCCACCGACACCACUGGGGUCUAGCCUUCAUGGGCGCCAGCGCCGCUUUCAUUCGCCAGUUUGCCCAACCACGGGGCUGGACGACGAUCCGCUUCGGAACAGAGCGCGUGCUCAACCCGCAAACCAACGACGUCCUCCUCGAGCGCAGCGGGAAACGGAUCGCCGUGCAGAAUCGCCAACUCCUCAAUCGCGCCAAGGGCGGUGUCAGUCUGGGCGUGUAUGCGCCUGCCGUGCAUGGGACAGACGCUCAGCUUCAGUCCGAGCUGGUGGGUAUUUACGACGCAUGGCGCGCGGAGCGAAAUACCUCCGCCGGUCCGCAGACCUUUAUCACCGUGUACGACCCCUUUGCACUGCCCGCACUGAUGACCUUCGUGUACAGCCGCGGGCCAGACGGGAGAAUCAACGGGUUCGCCGCGCUGCGUCGCCUCGGCGAGGGCGGAUACCACGUUGAUCCCUGCAUCGCAGCCCCCGGUGCAGCCAAGGGAAUCAGCGACCUACUCAUCGUGUCAGCAAUGGCAUUGUUGCACCGCGCGGGCGUAUCAUAUCUGGGCUUCGGCUUCGAACCCGUGCAUGCACUCGCGCAAGAGGAUAUCACCGGCAUGGCGGGCCCAUUGGCAAGUCUCACGAGGGAAUUGUAUGGCUAUACUUUCCGGAGACUCCCGAUUCAUGGCAAGAAGGCUUACCAUGAUAAGUUCCGGACGGAUGUGGAGCAGGAUUGUGGGCUUUAUCUCGUUUUCCCGGGGGAAUGCCGGGCCCGCGCCAGUUCUUAG